AAUCGAUGAUACAUUUCAUUUAAUGAUAGCAGGCCAACUCCAAUUCUAUAUAUUAUGGGAUCUCAUAGAGUAUUUGCAUCGAGAAGAAGAUUAUGUGGCAUGGUAUCCUAUGUUUAAAGCUAUGGAAUACGUAUAUGGUACUCAUCGUGUAUGGGAAAACAUGGAGGGAUAUAUUACGACGAGAGUAAGAUACAUUUUACGCGCGCUACUUGAAAGAAUCAAAUAUGAAGAAAUUGAUGAUACAGACCAACUUACAAUAUGUUUACGACAAGAAGCUGCAAGAUGGGCAUGUUUUCUCGAUGACCUCAAUUGUAAGGAAGUAGCCAACAGGAAAUUAGAACAUCAUCUCCUAGAUCCUACAAAACACAAACUUUUGCCAUGGUGGAAGAAAUGGACAUAUUGUAAAGGUUUGAUGAUAGCCACGAACGAGACUUGGCAAUCUGUGUACAAUAUAGGAUUGAACAAAUUUGACACUAAAUUUUUAGAAUACUUGGCUUGCACUGAAGAUACUGUUAUGAUUAGGAACUAUUUAACAUAUAAAAAUAUUACACAUCGAGAAUAUCAUUAUCAUCUUAACAGUUUCUUACCCAUUAUUACGAAGCAUGCAACGAAUCCAACUAUUCUGUCGUGCAUAUUAGAUAUUUUUUUGGACAUAAAACCAAAAUAUGUCGAUAUAACUGUAGCAUUUACUGUUAUUAUUAAUAACAUAUAUACCGUAAAUCUAUUUCAGGUAAAAAUUUUACAUGUUUAUAUAUGUAUGUGUACAAAUCGUGAGAAUAAUGCGACAUUAACAAUUAUUAUUUAAUAUUAAAUAAUUUUGAUAAUGUUACAUA